AAUGUGAAAUGAUCUAUAACCUUCACGAAUGUUACGAAGCGUGCACAAUCCGUUAUGAUCCGUUAGAAGAUCUAAUCAGAUCUAAUAUUCGAUUCGAAAGAUGUCCAAUUUAGACGAGAAAAUAAAAAAAUGGAUUGAAUUGAUUCAAACGAAAGAUUUGAACCCGGUAAUAGAAGAUAUUCAGGUACACGUUCCCCUGAGACUAACUGAAACAACAAACAAACAAAUUUUUAAAUUGUUGUUACAUUUGUCGCACACCGCAGACAAAUGUAGCAAAGAGAAUUGUACUAUAGGAGAUAAGAUUCACAAGUUGACGCGUUUAUUGUGCUCAACUUUAAUUGAAAUACCGGAUAGCAAUAAGUUUGUCUGUAGCUUGUUUCACAUAGUUCGUUGUUUGUUAACAUUAUGUAUGUAUAAAGAGGCAUUCGAUGUGUGUUCUUGUUUAAAGACGGAAGCGCUAUGUCAUUCCAAUGAAAAUGUGAGCAAUAUACUAGUAAAAAUAGCUUAUUUAUGGUAUAUGGCUGUCAAUAACGCGUUCCUUACUCUACAAAAUGAUCCAUCGAAUUUGAAACAUUAUUACAAUUUAAGGGUUGUUAUAAAUCACGAAUUAGAUAUAAUACAAGUAUCGCAUAAAAAUUAUACAAAGCAGUUGCUUACGAAGAUAAGUUCAUAUUUAGAUAAAAUUGCAUCGACAAGCAAAGAACCGAACAUAUACUUUACAGAUUUCUAUAGAUUUAUAAGCGAAUAUUUAAAUCAAACAUCAAUUUCCUUAAUCGAAGACGAGAAGAAUGGUCUAUCUCAACACAUGUUCCAUAUAGUAAGCAGAAUUGUGUGCGAAAAUAUAAAUGAAAAGUGCCUCGAAUCUGGGAUAUUCAGUUCAACGCUUAUACCUUUGAAUACCAUAAGCGAUUACUUUAAAACAAUUCUAACGAAAAACGAGGAAUGUUAUCAAUGUUUCCAGCAAUUUCAAUGCUUCUAUCUAAUAUUUCUGAAACCAGUUGAACAUUUAGUCAACAGCGACGCAGAAAGUAUUCGAGAUCUAUGCGAUAAUUAUACGAAACUUUCAAAACAAUACGGAUAUACAGGAUCCAUUAAAUGGAUGACGUUUAGUAUCGUUCAAAUUUUAGAUCCAUUGCUUUUGUAUUGGGAGGCGUGUAUAAAGAAUGGAAAAAAGGCUUUCCUUGAAAAUGGUAUAUUACUGGAAGUAAUGAAUUUAGUUGCACACAUGACCCUGUGCUUUAUAGAACAAACACCGAAUAAAUGUAAAUCUUGCUUAGAUAAAGAUUGUAUGGUGAAACGAGAUAUAUACAACGCGAUAGUAAUAAAAACCAGAUGUAUCAUGGUGAUCAUUAAGCUUUCUGAGAAUGAUUUGUCGAGAGAUAUUUGCAAGCUUGCAAGAAAAUUUUUGGAGCAGAACAUAGGAUAUAUUCACGAAAUGAAAAAAUCCAAGUGCAAGAGUUGGACGUACCUGUGGUCCAACUGUGGCUCUUUAAUUUACAAUUUGAUUAUUAUGUCCGAACGCAUUUACGAAGAAAGCGUGUCUUUAAUCUCUCUGUUACUGACCGCCAUCCUAGAAUUCGAAGGUGUUCAACAGAAGUCUCGAUACAUCAAACUUCAAAACCCUUUGUCCGCAACAUUGCAUAGACUGUGCUGUCUUCAUUACAAUCGCGGUAUGUACAGAGAAGCUAUGACUGCUGCCGCGUUAAAUGCUUUGUUGAGUUACAACGAUCCAGAUACGAAAGCAUUUCAAAUGUGGGCAUACAUCAAACAUAAGUCCGUAACUUCCAAAGAGAUAAUGGAAACGACCAUGUUGGCUUGCUUGAAGGCGGACGAAGCGAGAAUAAAGGAGCUAGGACUAUCAAUCGACUUUUCCCAAUACGAUCUCGUCGCAAUGUGUUUAAGAGAAGCGAAAGGUUUGCAAGAAGCAAAGGUGAAUCUUUCGGUAGCUAUUCGCAAAGUUCUCGACGAGAUGACAUUAUUAAAAGUAAAUCCGAUGCAAUACGCUCGCGCUGUACAAAUGUUAGCGUAUCAUUUGCUGAACUUUGAUUUCGACAACGAAAAUCUAGAUUGCGUUCAACGUGCUCUGUCCAUGCUGAAAAAAUCGAAAACGUACAGUACUGUUAUGUGCUUGCAAGCCAAUUUAGAGUUUCAUGUUUUUGUAAAACAAUUACGCGUUACGAAUAGGAAGACCAAAACAGAGAUGGAGAAUACAAAGUUCGCGUUGUACGCGCAAAAAUUGUCGGAAAUUGGAGAAAACAUGUCUGGAGACGUGGUACCUGCUUAUAGCAUGGUAAAUAUCAAGGAAGAUUCUAGGAUUCGGUCGUACUUGGAAGUACCUUUAAAGAAAUGGACCAAGUGCUUGAAACAAAACGUUGACGAAAUUGUUAAAAGCGACGAGCCAAGAAUAACGCUUCACACCUUGAUAAUAGCUGGCGAAUACGCUCGUUUGUAUCGUUACGAGGAAUGCGAGAUAAACAUAUGGAAACUUGCGUACAAAUUAGCAUUCGCAUUGCAAGAUAAUUCCGCUAUCAUUUAUAUUACAGGUCGUAGUAUCUCGUCGAGAGAAAUCGAUCGCAAGUGGAUUACCACUGCCAAAGAGCUUGCUGUCAAACUUAAAGAUACGAACGAUAAGAACAUCGUUUAUGCGAUCGCGGUUUUUUGGAUAAGUUUGUCAGAUUUUUACUUUGAAUGUGGUAUCCACGACAAAGCCAGAAACUUACUCGAUGAAUCCAAGAAGCUGAAAGGAAUAUCUUUCGGCUCGAAUAUAGCUGUAUAUUUAUACAGCUUAGAUAGGAUCUUAUGCAAUUGUUAUCUGUACAAGGAAGACGUAACGUACGAGGAAUACAGUCGAUACAUCGUUGAGAGUUUGUACACUAUGAUCACUUUGAGCGAGGAACUAUCAUUGAGGAAAUGGAAACCUCAAGACAAACAUUUGUUUGGCCUGGACAUCCUGUUGUCCGCGACAGUAAAUCUAUCUCUGCGAAUAAAUAGUUCGCUGUCUUUUCGAGAAAUCGGCAGUCACCUGGUGCGACGAUUACGAACAGCGCAAGCAAUAGGAGCGACCAUAAGGGUCGCAGAGAUUUUAAAGUCGCUUUGCUACAUCGACUUGUCGCGUUCGCAAUUAAACGACUGCGAGGUGAAGCUGCAAGGAUUGGAGCAUAUUUUAAAUAUCGAAAUGGUCGAAGCGUCGAUGAAGAGUAAACUGAUAAAAACGAUCUUGGAGAACGCGUCGCAGACGCCGAUUAGAAUCGUGGACCCUAUCAGAGACAUUCCGCAGAACGACGCCUCGCCGAUUCUCAGGAACAAAGUGUUUGAUCUUCCUGAAUUUUUGUGCCAUGAAAGUUGCAAUUGUUACGCGUGUACCAAUGUCUCCUAUCGCUAUUUGGUAUUCGCGAGCACGCAUAUCAGGGCCCAAUUGUACGCGUUGCAACAGAAUUAUGGAGCGUCGUUGCAGCAUUUCCACGGCGCGUUUAAAAUAAAAGACUCGAUGAACUCGGAGAGAUUCGCGUUCGAAGACGAGCGCGAAUACAUUUCUUGGCAGGACCGUUUCUACAGCACGGAUUACGUGCUCUUGUUGAUCAACUUUUCGUACCUUCUGAGAAGCUACUCGAACAGGAUGCGAGACGAAGUAACAAAUAUCGCUCGCUUGGCGAUGCGGAUAUGCGACAUGUAUAAAUUGAAAGGACAUCCCAUUUACAUGUCGGUCCAGGAACUACUGCUCGACGAACGUUUCCAAAAAAUGUGUAACAGUAUCGACUAUUCGACAUUCACAGUUCCUGACGCGUCUGACAUCGACAUAUCUAAAUAUCUACAAACACCGAAAGCCGAAGAAAGUAUUUGCAUCACGCCAGUCGUUACCAACGCUCGAAAGAAGAAACCUAUCAAUAUUCGACGGGUUCGAACGCCUCCUCUUCUGAACCUAACCAAAGUUAGCAUGAACUUCAGCGACGACGAGGACAAUGAUUCUUCGCUAUCUUCGGGACACAAGAGGACGAGGAUACACGGGAAAUUGACAAGGAGGAAAAUCCUGGACGAAGAUUAUUCGGAGGUCGCCGCUAAAACGGAAGAGAAAAAUUCAUGCGUUUCGAUGAGGGAUAUUGUAAAUAAAAUUGUACCGCUGGUGCCGGAUGUAUCCGAGCAUUUAUGCAAGACAGUCGACGAUAUAGACGAGCCUGCGACAAAUGAAAAUGUACAAAAGUUAAUCGAGAGGAUGGAAAAUCUUAAACUGAAUAUAACGCCGCAAAGAAAAAUCUGGAAAACGCGAAAUUCGAGCGACUGUAACAAAAUCGACGAAGCGAUCGCACUGUUGAAAGACUUGGAUGUUAACGAAGGAAAAAGUAACGUUGAUCUUUCCGAUAAGAAGGAGUCAACGUCUCGACAGAAUGCGACAGUUACACCUAUUAUUAAAGUGACGGAAAAUAAUGUAACUGUCGAAGAACGUAACCAAGUAGAUAAUUCGAAAAACACGAGACGAAUUACUAGAACACGUAGCGUUGUAACUAAGGAGACGAAGAAUACAAGAACUAGGAAAUCUAAAGAAUGUAAAUGAUAAUGCCUAUGUAAUGAUAAUAACACUGCCUAUAUGUAUUUAUAUGAAUAAUUGAGAAGUUGUAAUUUUAUACAUUUUGUAAAGAAUGAAUAAGUAUUGUUGCGAAUUUAAAGAAAGUACUGUAAUCUUUGCGAGUUUAUAUUUUUGGUAUAAUAAAACGUGAAAAUAAAUGAUUGUUUUUGUUAAUAAACAAAAUGGAUCGUACCGUGCUUAAAAAUAUAUAAUUUGUUAUUCGAAGAAUUUCUGGUUUCGUACAGUCGAUGUUCCGUGGAAGUUCCUAGAAUUUUAGAAAAUAUUUAUUAAAAUAUUUCACAUAUAUACACGUUGAGUAUAAAAUAUUAGGAGUUAAAAUUACUUAAUGGUAUUACAAAUGUAGAUUUCUAUCUUAUCCUACCAAUUAGUUUCUCUACACCUAUUAUACUUUAUAAAUAAUAACCAUAUUUCUUCCAAUUAAAUAUUUUACAAGCAUUCAUUUAACCUUUUUCGAAAAGAAAUUUUUCUUCGUAAAUUUGUUUACCAUUCUAAGUAUCACACAAAUGUUUACUGUUACGCAGUAUGGCCGAUAAUAAUAAAUAAAUUUUUGCAUUAUCACCUAAAAACGGAAAAGUACGUAAUUCAUUUUUCAUCGAAUGGAGAAUCACUCGUAGAAAAUUGUAUCGAAGGCUCGAUUGCAGAAAUAUAAUUUCAUAUUAUAUGCUACGAUAGUUAUCUAUGAAAAAGAAACUCGAAACUUUUGUUCCUCGUAAUAAACGAAACAUUAAAUCAAAUAUUUCUUCGAUUAAUUUAAUUAAUUCAUUUGUAUUGGUUCGUGUCUCAUGCUAUACGCAUUUCAAAGUAAAAGAUCAAGAAUUUUAUAUUACAAAUCGAUACAAUUCUUCGAUACGAUUGAUCAAUGUCACCGAUAAUCUGGUCAAACUAUACAAAUUUAGAAGUAAAUGUAGAAUAUUGUUAUAUACUCGCGUUAUACGGUGGUAUGUUCUCAUUGUUGGAAUAAAUUUUAAAAAAUAUAUUGUCCACAAAGAAUAUUUCUCCU